GUCCAACUAUGCGUCAACGAAUCACCUACCUCCAAGAUCCUCAAAAUGCGGUCGAUCCCAGUACUCUGCAGAUUACGAAAGAUUCGAUAUCGAGAAAAGAUCUGAAAGCAGCAAGGGAAGAACGAAUUACGUUCGGAUUCGAUGAGCUGCCACAAGAGCUGUAUAGGGUGUUGAAGGCUAGCCAUGAGCUGCAUAUCAGAUGGGUCAGUGAGAUACCGUAUGAGAGUAUUACUCCAUUGGUGUCGAGAUUGAGUCCUGGGAUACAUGUUUUCUACACACCGCAGAGAGGUAGCAAUGCGUCAGAUCUGUUGUGCCCUUUGCUGAAGAAAGUCUUUGGAGAAAUAGACUGCAUGUCACCUGAAGAAUCCUUCACUACCCUCCCGACAGAACGUUUCUCCCACUCCACAGCAGCACAAUAUUACUCUCCUCUCUCCUCACUAGGCGACCUUCAAACUUAUCUCUCCCAUAAGCUGUGCCCUGCCUCCGACAAUGCAUGCCAUUCUCGAGUUUCCUCCCUGUCCGCAGCAUCCACACUCGACGUUUCUUUCGACACAAUCUCCCACGCCCUAACUCUCUCCGCCUUCUUCCCAUCCACCACCUCCGCCGUCUCAAUAUCUAAACCCGCUACAUCUUCUCCUUCCAGAUUAGAAGUUGGAAUCCUCUCGUUCGAAACACCUCUUGAACCGGAAGAGCUGAGCCUGAGUGGCUUCUUAACAGUAGUCGGAGAAGACACCAAACCAUCACCAACCCUCUUCUCGUUUCCGUCUCGACACCAUCCCUCCACCUCAUUCUUUACCUCCGACUUCCUUCUCCCAACUGGUCUCCACCCAACUCUCUCCCUCAGUAUAAGCGAUGCAACACCACCAUUAGACGACAGGAAAUGCACCCUACACACCCACCUCACUCUCCCCCGCCAACUAUUCAUCGACAAAUACCAACUGUCCGAUCCAUUAUUCCUCUCCUCGAAAAAUAUCUCCGCACUGCACUACAUCAGUUCCCCUGUUGACCUCGAAGCCCCAGCCUACACCCUCAAAACAUGGGGUUCUUCCGCCUUACUCGAACUCUCCCCUCCGUCAUCCUCAUCUAAAGAAUGGACAGCCGAAAUUCCCCUCCAUCUCCGAUACCUACCUCCCAACUACGGCCAAGCAGGGAAAAAAGAAACCCAAAUCCCGUACCCGAUCCUAUUCUGGGCCUGUACAGCAGACGAGGGCUCUAAAUUUGGCGUUAAUCCUUUUGAUAGAGUGAACCUUGGGUACGAUGGCUUGUUUGGGCCUAGGACGUUGUUCUUUCAUUUGAGUCCGAAACCCGAGGGAGGAAAAUUAGUUUGUCCGUUAAGUGUUCCAGUUCUGGAUCUUGAUCGGAGUGGGUUGGUUGAGGUGGGGACAGCGGCUGUUGUUGCAUUAGGGUUUGCUUGGGUAGUCUGGUGUUUGGUGGGUGUUUGGAGGAGAAGUGGGUUUGGAAGUGGGAAAGAACGAGUGGAGGGUGAGAAGAAAGCGAAUUGAGAGGAGAGGGGAGUGGAAGCUGUAGUUACAAUGUAUGGUUCAAUCAGCUGCUGGACUCGAGACCGUAGCUACCACUCUCAGAAAACUUGAUACUUAGAAGAAACCGAGCACAGUAACAACACUGUUUACAAGGCUGAAUACUGCUUUAUUCCAUUCCCCCGAGCGGGUGAUCACUAGGUACCCAAU